AUGACCAGCACACAGCUGAUCAAUGACGUCUCAGCGGCGUGUAAGUUGUUUAUUUUGAACUUUGGAGGCACUUUUUUCAUGAAUAAUAUAUUUUUUUUUGAAAAUUUUUGAAAAUUUUUUUUCAAAUUUUUGAUAAAUCUUGUGUCAUUCCAAAUAAAAAAGAAGAUUCAAGGUCUCAACCACUCACUUGUUAAAUUUAACCUGCAAAUUCUUGUAAAUUCUGUUGAAAAACUAGGUUGAAUAGCUGUUUUCAGCGGAAAAAUUGCUGAAAAUGUUUUAAAAGUCGGAGAAUUGGCGACGAAAUUGAUUGACAAUGAGAGAUUGCCGAGUUCCGGUUAGCAGCGCAACCCGCGUAGAAUGCAAUCAAUCAAAGUCUAGGGCGCAGGCUGCGGAAUUUAAAAGUUGCGCUGGGCGCAGCUCGCGGACUCAGAUUUCCGGGUAAAUAAGCAGAUUUAGGAUAAAAUGAGAUUUAACUUUGAUAUACUACAGUGAGAGAGCACAUAUACCUUCUGGACGAGCUGAACAUACCAGUGGUCGCGAGCUGGGACACCAUCGACCGCCUGACCCCCGGGAUUUUGGAUUCGCCCGCCUUCAGAGCCCAAUUCCAGCCGAAUACGUCCAUGAAAAAUGAAGAAGAGAUCAAAUUCUAUGUCCACUGUGUGUAA